AACUGGCAACAACAAUGGGCAUGAAGUGCUCUCAGCUGAACUUGGCUAUCACAUUUGGGUUCCUCUUACUGUUUUCUACAUCAAUUGCGUCUGCCGAUGACAUUUCGCAUUAUGGGUCCGCCCCCAAAUCUCCCUCUUGCGACAAUUUACUUAGAUUGGUCAAGGUUAAGAUUUUGGUUAAUGGUGUCGAAGGUGAUGUAUUAGGUGGAUUAACUGCGAGAUUUGGUGGUAACUUGCCCACUCAUGCUGAAGACAGCAUCAAGUUGCCUGCUGUUUUUGCAAAUCCGUUGAACGGCUGUUCCAGCUCUUCUUCAAAGGUUUACCUUGUUUUCUUGAUUGAUCUUGUUUCAUCUAUUUCUUACAUUGUCAUGGAUUCUAUGUGCAAUUUUAUGUUAACGGUGAAUGUUUCCUUACUCUCACUGUUUUGUUUCCAAGGAAACAUGAUAAGGAAAAUCUAGUGAAAUUUUCGACCACAAGGUUACAUUAUUCUGGUUCCCCAAAACAGCUACCCUGGAUAAGCCAAAUAAAUAUAUGUAACUACAUUUGUGUCCAUGAGAUGCAAGCUAGGAAGCACGGAUAUGGGAUACGACAAAAUUUGAAAAACUAGGGUACGGGUACGGCGGGGAUACAUUCAUAAAAAAUAUUAUUUUUACAAUUUUUAGUAACGUAGCAUACAUAAAAAUAAAACUUUAAUUCAAAUUCAUUAAUGUAGUUAUCUUUUGGCAUGAACAUUAAAAAAAAAUAAAAAUUCAUCAAUUCAAUUAAGGGUUGGCUUGGGAUGUUC